AUGGCCACUGCACCAAAAGAGGCAGAAAAUGUUAUUGGCUUGGAGGAAAUACACGAAGAGAGAAAAGAACCACCAAAAGGGCAAAAGACAUUUACAGUGGAAGAAGCUGUGGAAACCAUUGGGUUUGGGAGGUUCCAUAUCAUGCUUUUCCUCAUCAUGGGCAGCACUGGGGUGGCUGAAGCCAUGGAGAUCAUGCUGAUAGCUGUCGUGUCCCCUCUCAUCCGAUGUGAGUGGCAGCUCCAAGACUGGCAGGUGGCUUUAGUGACAACAAUGGUGUUUUUUGGCUACAUGGUGUUCAGCAUAGUGCUCGGGCUCCUGGCAGACAGGUACGGCCGCUGGAAGAUCCUGCUGCUCUCCUUCCUCUGGGCAGCCUAUUUCUCCCUGCUGACCUCGUUUGCCCCAUCCUACAUCUGGUUUGUGUUCCUGCGGGCCAUGGUAGGAGGGGGUGUGUCAGGCCACGCGCAAGGACUUAUCAUAAAAACGGAAUUUUUGCCCACCAAAUACCGGGGAUACAUGUUGCCCUUAUCUCAGGUGUUUUGGUUGGCAGGAUCCUUGUUAAUCAUUGGCCUGGCAUCAGUGGUGAACCCAGCCAUCGGCUGGCGGUGGCUGAUCAGAAUUGCCUCCAUCCCUGGCAUUCUUCUCAUCCUGGUGUUCAAGUUCAUCCCAGAGUCGGCGCGGUACAACGUGUCCACGGGAAACGUGGGGGCUGCGCUGGCCACGCUGCAGAGGAUAGCCAGGAUGAACGGAGCAGCCAUGCCCGACGGGCAGCUGAGGGAGCCUGCCAAGGAAAGAAGGGGAAAAUUCAAGGACCUCAUCCACCCCAAAUACCGCAGAACCACUUUGCAGAUAUGGAUCAUUUGGCUUGGCAUAGCUUUUGCUUACUAUGGUGUCAUCUUGGCCAGUGCUGAGUUGCUGGAGCGGGACCUUGUCUGUGGCUCUGCAGCCCCGCCACUGCAGGACUCCACUGAUGUCUCUGAGGAGAGCCACAGCCCCUGCCACUGCCGCUUGUUUGGGCCCGCUGCCUACCAGACCAUGAUCAUCAGCACAGUCGGGGAGAUCGCACUAAAUCCUGUGAACAUUCUCAGCAUCAAUCUGCUUGGAAGACGUCUAAGCCUAUGUAUCACCAUGGGAUGUACAGCUCUAUUCUUUCUUCUCCUUAAUAUCUGCACCUCAAGCACAGGCAUGGUUGGCUUUCUCUUCAUGCUGCGUGCCUUGGUUUCAGCCAACUUCAACACCAUCUACAUUUACACAGCAGAGGUUUAUCCCACCACAAUGCGAGCACUGGGGAUGGGGACAAGUGGGUCACUGUGCCGUGUGGGAGCAAUGGUGGCUCCAUUUAUAUCACAAGUUCUUAUGAGUGCUUCUUUCGUGGGGGCCCUGUGUCUCUUCUCCUCUGUGUGCAUCAUCUGUGCCAUCUCUGCAGUCACACUGCCCAUUGAGACCAAGGGCAGGGCCCUGCAGGUGAGUACCACUACUCCAGGAGCUCCUGUGUAUCUAAAGGCUGUUAGGGAUGGGUAG